CGAUGAAAGACACGGCGAAGAAAACAGAAGAUAUCAACAAAGGCCAAAGCUUUCUUCCUUCAUUCAUCUCCCUCUCUCUCUCUCUUGUUUAACGAACGCGGAGAGAGAGAUCUUCCUUCUUUCCAAGUUUACUUGUGUCUAUCCCUUCAAAAUUGAAAACCCUAAACCAAUCUCAUCUCUCUCUCUCCGCGUCCCCAUCUGGGAAAACCCUAGCGCGAGGGAAUACGACUUCUCUUCCUUCUCUCGCAUCCUCUAAUUUCUAAAGUUUCGCUCUUUUUAUCCUCCGAUCAUGGAGAGAUCUGAUUCCAGGGACUUGUACAACUUUGUUCGCUCUUCCUCAGAUUCAAAUAGUAAGCUCUUUGAUGCAUCUCAGUAUGAGUUUUUUGGGCAAAACCUUGACGAAAUGUCAUUAGGAGGCAUUGACGAUGACGAAGUGGUCGCUCCUGUUCUUGGACAUACUUCUCCUGAUGAUGACGAGUAUCACUUGUUUAAUAAAGGAGAGGGUGCAGGUUUAGGGUCAUUAUCUGACAUGGAUGAUCUUGCCACGACUUUUGCAAAGCUAAAUAGAAAUGUCACAGGACCCAAACACCUUGGAGUUAUUGGUGACAGAGGAUCUGGUUCCUUUUCAAGAGAGAGUUCUUCUGCCACCGAUUGGACUCACGAUACAGAGCUCACAAACUGGUUGGACGAGCAAGAUCAAGAGGCUAACAGAUGGUCCUCGCAGCCACAGUCAUCUGCUCAUUCACAACCUUUAUACAGGACAUCCUCUUACCCUCAGCAGCCACCACCGUUGCAACACUACAAUAGUGAACCAAUCAUUGUACCAGAAUCAACUUUCACCUCCUUUCCCCCGCCAGGCAGCAGAUCUCAGCAGACUUCACCUGGAAGCCUCCACCGCGCUCCUUCUCUUCCCAGCGGUUCUCAGAUGAAUUUCACCCCACCUUCCCCGCUGUCAAACUCUAGAUUUCAUCUUUCAGGACCCUCACACGGGCCUCACUAUGGUGGUAAUUUGGCUAGAUAUGCCUCGUGUGGUCCUACCCUUGGUAACGUUGUGCAACCUCAUUGGGUCACUGAUCCUGGUCUUCUCCACGGAGAUCAUUCUGGUUUAUUACAUAGUCUGGCGCAACAACAACAAUUCCCUCCUCGAAUUGAUCUUAUGUCGCAACAUAUGAUGGCUCUCCAGCAGAGACAAUCGUAUGCUCAGCUUGCAGCGCUACAGUCUCAGCUGUACAGGUCUUAUCCAUCACCAUCACGUAAAGUCUCUUUUGGGGGUGGUGAAGUUAGGGAACAACACAAGCAUAAGUCUUCUCAUAGGAGUCGAAAGAACAAAGGCAUAUCUCAACAGGCAUCAGACGCAGCUAGUCAGAAAAGCGAGAGUGGAUUGCAGUUUAGAUCAAAGUACAUGACUUCAGAGGAAAUAGAGAGUAUACUCAAGAUGCAGCACUCUAAUUCACACAGCAACGAUCCUUAUGUCAAUGAUUAUUACCACCAAGCUCGCCUUGCCAAGAAGUCUUCUGGAUCUAGUAGAGCAAUCACUCUCUUCUACCCUUCUCAGUUGAAAGACCACCACCACCAACCUAAGUCCCGUAAUAAUAGUUCUGAACAGCAUCAACAACAAGUUCAUGUAGAUGCUCUUGGGAAGAUCACGCUUCCCUAUAUUCGCAGGCCACGUGCCUUGCUUGAGGUUGACUCUUCUUCUUCUCCUGGUUCUAAUGAUCAAAAGGGCUCAGGGAAACAUUUGGAGCAGGAACCACUUGUGGCAGCUAGGGUUACAAUUGAAGAUGCUCUAGGAGUUCUUAUCGACAUAGUUGACAUUGACAGGACUCUCCAGUCCACAAGGCCUCAAGACGGAGGCGCUCAGGUGAAGAGAAAACGCCAGAUCCUCCUUGAAGGUCUAGCGACGGCACUUCAGCUUGCUGAUCCGUUCAGCAAAACCGGUCAGAAGUCAGGGCUGACUGCUAAGGAUGAUGUUGUGUUUCUGCGUAUAGCAACUCUUCCAAAGGGUCGGAAAAUGCUUACGAAGUACAUACAGCUUCUAGUUCCAGGCACUGAGAUUGCUCGAGUUGUCUGUAUGGCUAUAUUCCGCCACUUGAGGUUUCUCUUCGGCGGCUUGCCUUCGGAUACUCUAGCAGCAGAGACGAUUGCUAAUCUUGCCAAGGCAGUCACGGUCUGUGUUCAAGCUAUGGACCUCCGAGCGCUGAGUGCUUGCCUUGCAGCUGUGGUUUGUUCUUCAGAGCAGCCACCUCUGCGUCCUAUUGGAAGCUCUUCUGGGGAUGGUGCUUCGGUUGUCUUGAUAUCACUUCUCGAGAGAGCUGCUGAAGUAGUGGUGGUUCCUCGAGCCGUCCAUGGGAGCUCUAAUGAUGGCCUAUGGAGAGCCUCGUUUAAUGAGUUCUUCAACCUGCUUACUAAAUACUGCAGGAGCAAGUAUGAGACGAUCCGUAGGCAGAACCAAGGGAGUGCAGCGGAUGUUUUGGAGCUGGCGAUAAAGAGAGAAAUGCCCGCUGAGCUUUUACGUGCGAGCCUCCGUCAUACCAAUGACGACCAGAGGAACUAUUUGUUAAACUUUGGUCGUAAACCGUCGGCCGUUAGUGAGUCUGCGUCGCAUGCAAGGGGUGGUCAGAUCAACUCUGAAUCUGUGAUGGGUUGAUCAUAAGGGGAGAGAGAGGGAGAGAGAGAGAAGUGUGAAACAGUGAAGGGAUGUGUGUGGUGGACUCGGGAGCCAAACUUGUAAGUAACUUGGCGGAGGUGUAGGAAUCUUUUUUCACAAGGGUUCCAGGUGGUGACAAGUGCUUUUAGAUUCUGAUCUCUCUUUUUUUUUUUUUUUUAACUUUGAACUCUUUUUAUUGUUAUUAUAUGGUUGACAAAUGCAAACUCUGCUUGGUUUGUGUAUUAAAGAUGAUGGGAAAGAAUGUGAAACAUGGAGUAGGGAGCUAUAUGUUGUUGCUCUCUUUAUGUUGAAAACUCCAUAUUGUUAGGGUAAUUUGGAAGUUUGGGGAAUGAUAUUAGUGCUUGUGUGUAGAAUGAUGAUGAACCCCUUUAUCCGGUGAGAUUGGAGCUAGAGCAGGAUUAGGCGCUAGCCAUCUCUUGGAUUAACAGGUUGUAGGAUGUGGAAGCAGAGCUGCUCUGGGAAAAGGAGUUAGAAGUUUGUUAUUCUGACAUGUUUCCCACAAAACCCUCUUUUGAAAACUCUUGGAUCUAUCUCUUUCUUUCUUACUUAUAUUGUUGCCUCUCUCGCUUGGUUGUUACAAAAUUUCGUUUUAUGGGCUCCUCUCUUACUUUUUUUUGUGAUGAGAGUUGAGUGUACACUUUAUGUAGAGCUGGUUUAGUAUUUUUCUUUGGUUU